AUGACAGAACCUGAGAACUUAGCCCUGCUGGAAAUGAAGGGGUCUGAGGCUCCAGAAAAGAGCCCACCCCAGACUUUGGUUCCUAAUGGCCGGCAGCUGGAAGGGGAAGGUGGAGCUGAGUCCCCAAGAGUUGAGUCCCCCAGAUUGGAGUCUUCAGUUGGGUCUCCCAUGGCUGGGGAGGGGAUUGAGAAUGGCCUAGACAGCACAGUGAGUGAGGCUGCCACCUUGCCCUGGGGGACUGGCCCUCAGCCCAGUGCCCCAUUCCUGGAUCCCCCUGGCUGGCGGGGCAUUGAGCCAGAGCUCCUGGAAUCAGAGCCACCUACCAAGCCUGAGGAACUACAUGAAGAUGAAGAUGAUGUGAACCUGUUGCCUGAGAAGGCAGCCCGGGCCUUUGUGCCCAUUGACCUUCAAUGCGUUGAGCUGAGGCCCCAGGAGGAUCUCAUCGUGCGCUGCGAGUCAGGAGAGGAAGAGCGCCGUGCCUUCCUGCCCGCCCGGGCCAGCUACCCUGAGCCCCCUGAGCACAAGUGGGUGGAGGCAGUGGUGAGACCACCUAGCAAGUCCUGCAGGGGCUGUGGGAGCCAUGAAGGGCUGAGGGCCGUGGCUUCAGUAGGAGCUGCCCUCGUCCUCUUCCCCUGCCUACUGUAUGGGGCAUAUGCCUUCCUGCCCUUUGAUGCACCACGGCUGCCCACCAUGAGUUCUCGCCUGAUCAACACGUUGCGCUGCGGGGUCUUUGCCACCUUCCCCAUCGUGCUGGGGAUCCUGGUAUAUGGGCUGAGCCUGCUGUGCUUUUCUGCUCUACGGCCUUUUGGGGAGCCCCGGCGGGAGGUGGAGAUCCACCGGCGAUAUGUGGCCCAGUCCAUACAGCUCUUCAUCCUCUACUUCUUCAACCUGGCCGUGCUUUCCACCUACCUGACCCAGGACACCCUCAAGCUGCUCCCAUUGCUCACUGGUCUCUUUGCCAUCUCCAGGCUAAUAUACUGGCUGACCUUUGCCGUGGGCCGCUCCUUCCGAGGCUUUGGCUAUGGCCUGACAUUCCUGCCACUGCUGGCCAUGCUGGUGUGGAACCUCUACUACAUGUUCGUAGUGGAGCCCGAGCGCAUGCUCACUGCUGCUGAAACCCGCCUGGAUUACCCUGACCACGCCCGCUCUGCCUCGGACUACAGGUCCCGCCCCUGGGGCUGA